AUGGCAAAAAGUGUUUUAUUACUUAGUAACAUAAACGAUAAUGUGAAAAAUAAAAUAAAUUCCUUGAAGAUAGAAGAUGUAGAAGGGGUCGAAGGGCUCACUUUUACAAAUAAUUCUGCCUCCAUAUUGUUCAAUGAUAGUAUUAUUGAUGCUAAUAGCUUAGUAGCAAUUAUUAACAGUAGUAAGGAUAUUAAUGGGAUUUUUCAAGAGAAUGAAGAAGUAGAAAAAAUGAAUGAAGAAAACAAAAAUGUUCAUUGUGAAAAUGGAGAAUAUGUAAAUAAACUAACAUUUUGUCCAAAUGAAGACUACACACAAUGUAACAAUCAAAAUUGUUAUAUUAAAAAAACAUUUACUGAAAAAAAUACGGAUGAUGAAAUAAACUCAACAGAGUUAAUAUAUUGGAAGGAUAACGUAACUUCAUUACAUGUUCAUGACAUUGAUAAAGACAUGGAAUGUGGUAUCAAGGAUACAAAACAUGUUAAUACAAAAAUUAGGGAACCGUUCGGAAACACAUGUGGUGGAAAAAAUUACUAUGAAAAUGAAUAUCAAGAGAUUUAUAAUAAAAAUGUGAAUGAUGGAUUUUAUGCCAUAUCAGGAAGUAAUGAGGAUACAGAUAAUGUUAAGGCUUAUGAAUUUGAUAAUAAAAUCCAAGAGCAUCAUGUUAAUAAUAACAUGUUGAGGGAUGUUCACAUUGAUAACACACGAAGCAGAAAUGUACAUGCAGUGGAAUCCACAUAUAAUUAUAUAGAAUUGAGGAAUGAACAGAGAAGUGACAAAGACCACCUCGAGAGUGAAAAACUCAGCGUCUUUGAAUUGCUCAAGAACAACAAAGGUGAGAAUAGCAAAUUGAAUAAAUAUUACAACGUGAAAAUCGAUAGUAGAAGGGGUAUAAUGUCUCAGGAAAAGGAAUUUGAGCUAGGUAAAGGGAAUUCAUUUGUAAGCAACCACAGUAGGAGCGGUAAUAUUUUUCAAGAUUAUGAAACUUACAGAGGGAAGAGAGAAAAUAUGUACAUCUGUGAAUUGAGAAUUUACAACAUGACAUGCGAUAAUUGUGGGAAUAAAAUUAUAAGUUUUUUAAAAGACAAAAAUUUAAUUGUGGAUGGUUAUAGUUUUGCUACGGAUAGUAAAAUAAAAUUAAAAUUGGACGUUUCCGAAGGGAAUUCUUAUAGACCUAGUAGUAGUAUCGAUGAAAAGAAUGACGAUAACAAAAAUAGUAUUAAAAUUUUCGUGAACAAAAUAAUGAGUGAAAUAAAAGAUAGUGGAUUCAACAACGAUUUAAUAGACUUGUAUAAAGAAGAAGAUAAUAAUAAUAAAGAUAUUUUGUUUGAUAUAACUUUAUAUGUGUUCAGAGAUGAUGUAAUAAAAGCACAUGGUUUAUUAAAAAGUUUGAAGGGAAUUAAAAGUGUGGAAUAUGAUGUUCGACAAGAAUAUAUUUACAUCUUGUAUAACCCUGAUGUGAUAGGUAUUAGAUUGAUAUUGGAAAUAUUAAAAAAACAAAAGAAUAUCGAUGCUUAUUAUGAUGAAGACAAAGAAAAAUAUUUUAGAAGCACGAGAAAUAAUGAAACAAAUAAUUCUCUCAAGUUAAUUGAAUUGAUAUGCUGCUUUUUUCUGAGUAUCAUGAUUAUAAUUCUUAAUAAUUAUCAGAUGAAUAUGGGAUCAAUGAAUGGCUUCUAUUCCUAUGGUAAUUACAAGAGUUACAUGAAAAUGUUUAAUUUUUUACACUUCGGAAAUGUAAAGGAUAAAAUUUAUGAAGAAAAUUUCACACAUGAACCCUCAAUUGAGUCAAAUGCAGGGAAAAAUAAUUUCCCUGAAUUUUUUUUUAGUAAGCAUUAUUUUUCGACAGCGGGUGAGGAGGACAAGGAGAUGACUAAACCAGAUAGAAACUCAGUUCGCUCUUUUGGAACAAAUGAAAUGUAUGAUAAGAAGAAAAUGAAGGAAUUUCAAAAGGUUGAAAGUGGUAAUAGAAACAAGAAUAGUAAGGAGAAGAAGCAGAAUUCAAUUGAUCAUACUGACAAGUAUGAAUUGGAUCCCAAAGCAAAGGGACACAAAAAUUCAGAUAAUUCAACAGUUUCCUACCCGGAAGGAAUAGAUGUCACAAUGACACAGGAUAAACUUUCGAACUAUGAACAAGAUAGUAAGAAUAAAAAUCUGCAAGGGAGGAAUGUCUUGGAGAAAGAAUCGAUAAAGAUGAAACAUGGAAAAGUGUCUAGUAAGCCACUCAAUAAAUAUGUAAAAUCAGUUUUGAAAGAAAAACAAACGAAAGAAGGUGAAAAAGAUAAUAUAACACUGUCAGACAAAUCUGAAUCAAAAAUGCUCAUAGAGAAUCAUUUGAAUAGUAAAUUAGAAUCUGGAAAUGUUAUACGAAAAAAUAUGCAUAGUUCGAUGAAUGUUAUUCCCAACUCUAAUUUUUUUCUCAAGGUAUAUUCAAAUAUUAGUGAUAAAAAGAAAGAGAAUUUUCCCGAAAUUAACGAAAUAGAUUUUUUGUUUGAUUUUCGACGAGAUUUUAAGCGAAAAGAAGAGUCAAGGAGUUUGAAUUCAAAGGUAACUUCUAAUGAUGUUGUAUUAUCAUGUUUGGAUACUACUUCAAGGAAAGACGCUCCAGUGAAAGACAUGGAAUAUUUUCGCUCCCGCUUUAGUAGAGGGUUAAAUAUGAGUAGGAAUCCUCUAAAUAAGAAAACGGAGGUACAAACAAGAAAGGAAGAUAAAGUGGAAUUUUUCCACGAAGGAAAUUUGAAAGAAGAGGAUGUAAAAAAUUGUAUAUGGAUGAAAAAGAAAAAUUCGAAUGAUGAACCCAAAAAUACGGUUGAGAAGAAUGGACUCUUGAAAUCACAAUGGUUUCUUGAUGAUAAUACAUUAUAUGAUACUAUGAUGAAUAUGUCUAUAAGUACCUAUUUAGACAAUAAAAUAUUCGGAAAUUUACCCCUGAGAUUAUUGUUAAUUUUCCUGUUAAGUUCAAUUGUUUAUAUUUAUUUUGGAUUUCACUUUGUUUUGAGCGGAUACAAGAAUUUAAAGAACGGAAUAAUUAAUAUGAAUGUUUUAAUUUCAAUUAGUUCAUCAUUUUCUUAUUUUUACUCUCUACUGCUUUUGUUAUUUUGCUUGUUUUUUUAUGUGGAUUUGGAAGGAAUUCCACUUUAUUUCGAUUCUUCAGCUUUGCUAAUAUGUAUAAUGAGAAUGGGCUUCGAAAUUGAGAACUUUUUAGUAAGUUUUACAAAGAAGAAAAUGGAAGAUUUAUAUGAAAAGAAUACCAAGCAUGUGUACAUCCUGGAAAAGAGGAAUGACAAAACGGAUGAUUCAAAAACGGUAAAUGAGCAGAUAAAUAAUUGUCCAUUUGGCAGUUCACAAAGUGGAAAGAACAACAUAUCGAUUCUUAAUAUUAUCAAUUCGAAUAAAGAUGAUAUUGUAUUCAAAAGUGGAAAUCAAGGUUUGUCUCCUACAGGAAGCGGUGCACUUUCCAAUUUUUGCAAAAAUAGCGAUAACUAUUCAAGGAAAGAAUUUAAGAUUGCGAAUGGAAGAAGAGGAGGAGAAGAAGAAGAAGAAACAGGAUAUGAAAAUUACAACAACGCUUUUCAUCGAGAUAAACCUAAAGAAAUAAAUAUAAGCAAAAUAUUUUGUGAAGAUAAAAAAAUUAAUAUAAAUGAUUUUAUUAUAAAUAGUUACCCUGUUCAAUUUAUACAAAAGUAUGACAUGUUAGUGUUUUAUGAAGGGGAUACGUUACUAGUUGAUGGGAUUAAAAUGAAUGAUGAUAUUUCUUAUGUAGAUGAAAGUAUGAUAAGUGGAGAAAAAAAAGCAAUUACAAAAUUUAAAGGUGAUAAAAUAUAUGCUGGAUCUAAAUGUAUGCAAGGGGUAAUAAUUCUCUAUAUUGACAACAUUUCUAAAGGAAAUUAUAUUGAAUAUGUAAAGAAAACAUUAGAUGAAGUUAACUGUAAAAAAACGAAUUUGCAAUUAUAUGCAGAUAAAAUAGCUAGUAUAUUUAUUCCAUUUAUUAUAGGACUAUGUGUUGCAGUAUUUUUCAUUUGGUUCAUUCUGACAUACUUUGAAUAUGUAAAUAUAAAAAAAGACAAUUAUUUUAAGUUAAAUAAACUUUUAUCAUGUAUCUUUUUUUCAAUUCAUUUUUCUUUAUCAAUAUUAUGUGUGGCAUGUCCAUGUGCUGUUGGACUAGCAAGUCCUCUAUCCAUUGCCAUAAGUUCGUAUAUAUGCAGUACCAUUGGAAUUAUAAUAAAGAAUAUAAACAUUUUUGAUAUUUUUUUGGAAUGUAAUCAUUUUAUAUUUGAUAAAACCGGAACAUUAACAAUUGGAAAACCAGUUGUCAACAAGGUGUAUAUAUCUACUAACUUAGAAAUGUUUACAGAUCAACUGUUGAAAGGUAGAGGUACACCAAGAAAUAAUUUAGAAGUAAAUUUUACUUAUGAUAAUAUGCCUAAUGGGUUUAGCAAUAUAUCCAAUGAUGAAAAUCAAUUUCGUAAUUUUCAUCCUCAUAAGAGGAAGGGGAAAAAUGCACAUACAAAAACUUCCAUUACAGAUGAUAAUAGUGAAAAACGUAUGUACAAUCAUAAUCUGGACACUUCUUCUAGUGAUGAGAAUCUUUGCAACAUCAAUGAUAAGACAAAUGAAGUAAGCGUUUUGCAUACUUCGAACGAUGGAGAUAAGAUCCGAAAGGAUGAAAACAUUCAUCUGGUGAAAGGAAAAAUGCAUAAUUUAUUGGCUUACCAAAGACUCACAAAUGAAAAUGAAGAAAAAAAAGUACUGAAGGAAGAUAGAAAUAGGAAUAAUAAUAGGACGUUAAAUUUUAUAGAAAGUCUUAACUGUUCAGGUAGAAAUGUUACUUUUUAUUCCUUUACGACGCAAAAGGAUUAUUACAAAAUUGAGAUAAAAAAAUCAUUGAUAAGAACAGAAGAGAGAAGUAGUGAUAGAAGUUUAACCGAAAUGGAAAACGUUGCAUGUAGUGGAAAAAAAUCCAUUUUUAAUCGUAUAGUGUCAUUUAUAAAUAAUAAAAGAAAGAAAAGUAAAUAUAAUAAAAUAGGAAACAAAUCUCUUAAGGAAUAUUUUAUAAAUGAUUGUGAAAUUUCUAUAUCAUCAUAUGAUGAUGAUUCAUACACUAGCGAAACAAGUAGUGAAAAUAAUGACACUAGCAUUACAGAUACAGAGAAUAGACAAGUACCAUAUGGUGAAGAAUAUGAAAAUAAACACAUGAGAAAUAUAAAUAAUGAGCGUUCAUUUGAUGAUAAAAAUAAUUUAAGUGAAAAAAUUAAAAAUUGGUUAUACCUGUUCCUAAGUUUAAGUUCGAAUUUGGAAAAAUAUAGUAAUCAUUUAUAUGCCACUUCUAUAAAUACAUAUGUAAAUACUAACUUUUGCAUUAAUGAAACAUUUGACAUUCAAAAUUUAAAGAAUGAAAAAAAUCAAGGAAUCACUGGUGUAAUAAAUGAUCUAUCUGUCACCAUUGGUACUUUAUACUAUUGCUACACGAAAUAUAAAAAUUCACACUGCUGUCAUUCAGAGGAAGCAGUUGAAGAAAAAUUGAACAUGAAGAAUUUUGAGGCUAAUCUGUAUUCCUGUGAUUGUAAUGUACAUAAGACUUAUCAAUAUUUGUACAAUUAUUCCAAUAGUAAAAAAAACGAAAGUAACAAUAUUAUUUUUAUGUGCAUAGAAGGGAUAAUAGUUGGCUUUUUCACCCUUGUGGAUGAUAUAAAACCGGAAGUGUUUGAUUUGAUUAGAUAUUUAAAGAAGGAACGGAAAAAGGUGUAUGUGUGUACAGGUGACAAUUAUAUGAAUGCUAUUUACAUUUCAAAAAUUUUAGGAAUACCAAAAAGAAACGUGUCUUCUAAUACCCUACCGAUGGAAAAGGUACACUUUGUCAAGAAGAUACAAUCCCUCAAUAAUGGAAAAGUUUGCAUGAUUGGAGAUGGAAUAAAUGAUUGCUUUGCCCUGAAAAGCGCAGACUUGGGAUUGUCCCUAAGCACAAGAUCAAACGUGGUGAUGGAUAGUGCUGAUGCAUGUAUUGUUGACAACAACUUAAGUGUUAUAAUUAAGUUAUUUGAGAUAAGUAGAAAAACAUUGAUAGUAAUAAAAUUUAAUUUUUUAUUUUCCUUCAUUAUCAACAUCUUUUUCAUUUUAUUGGCAAGCGGGUCUUUUUACGCCCUGAAUUACGUUUUUUCGCCGUUUUUGUUUACCUUCCUUAUGUUUUGCAGUUCUAUAGUUGUUAUCUUGUCAUCCUUGUCAUUGAAAUUGUAA